CUAAGAUAGGAAAGUAGGUCUUACGUAGAGUGAAGAGUUCUGAUGACUUCACGUUUUCACUCAUAUAUAACGUUAUCUAUUCCUUGACAUCGGUCUAGUUUUAUAGUUUUCAACAUGAAGUUCUUGGCUUGUGUAAUCGCUUUGGUUUUUGCAGUUUUUUCAGUAACAGAUGCAAUGACCACUAUGAUGACCCAUACACACCAUUCAACACGUGAACCAUAUGAAAAAGACAGUCUAGCCUUUUACUUCGAUGACACUUCGAACUAUUUGAUACUUAAAACAAAGGGUUACUGCUACUUCAUGGCUUUGACUUUUGCUGAGCAACACAUGGUACACAAUCCCGAUGGCAUGAGAAGAAUAGAGACUCAGAUGUUCCAUUUUAUGACCUCUGCUACUCACACGGCAAUGACUGGAGGCGAUCAUGCCCAUGUUUCCCACUACGUCUACAAUAAGCACUGCGCUCAUGAACAUAUGAUUAAACUUGUACAAUAAAACACACAACAUUU